AUGAGCAUGUGCUUAGGUCGCGGGAACCCUCCAUUUCCAGCCAACGAGCCCACAGCUAAUUGUGGCCCGCAAAUGAACAAUACGCAAAAGCCCUCCGAUCCCGCCGUAUGGGAAGGCCUCAAUCCUUGCCCACUAAAUGCUUGCUGCAACAUUUGGGGUCAAUGUGGCAUAACUUCCGAAUUCUGUACACCAAGCUCUGCGGCAACGGGAAACCAUGGCACGGCCGCGCCAGGUGAGAAUGGCUGUAUUUCAAACUGCGGUACAGACAUUGUGACUGGUGCGCCGCCUGCAAGUUUCGAAAGAGUCGGCUACUAUGAGUCGUACAAUAUUGACCGGUCCUGCCAUACCAUGCGGCCAGGCGCUAUUCCAUCCGAGUAUACCACCAUACACUGGGCUUUCGCAGACUUGUCGACGAGUUACGAUCCCAGUAUUACUCCUUACGAAGAUGACUGGGCUACUUUCAAAGCAUCGAGUAGCUACAAAAAGAUUGUGUCGUUUGGUGGCUGGGCUUUCUCAACCGACCACAACACUUUCGAAAUCUUCAGAAAGGGUGUCGAUCCAGACCAGCGGGAAUUGUUCUCGGACAAAGUUGUCGACUUUGUGCAGACAGAGGGUCUUGAUGGGGUUGACUUUGACUGGGAGUAUCCAAGUGCACCUGAUGAUCAAGGUGAAGGGCUCCCUAUCGACGGUCCUGCUGAUGGAUACAAUUACCUUGAAUUCCUACGACUGGUAAGACAGAAACUCCCAAGCAGAUACAGCGUGUCGAUCGCUGCGCCUGCUUCCUUCUGGUAUCUCAAGGCUUUCCCCAUGGAUGACAUUGGAGAAGUCAUCGACUAUGUCAUUUACAUGACUUAUGACCUGCACGGUCAAUGGGAUUACGGCAAUAAACACAGUUCACCAGAUUGUCCGAAGGGGGACUGUUUACGAUCACAUCUUAACCAGACCGAGACCGAGACUGCCUUUUCCAUGAUUACUAAAUCGGGGGUACCUGCGCACAAGGUUUAUGUUGGACAGGCAUUGUACGGUCGUAGCUUCAAGAUGACCACUCCUGGCUGCUUUGAAGAAUCUUGCACGUUUGUUGGUCCAGAAAGUGGUGCCAAGCCUGGUCGCUGCACGGGAACUCCUGGAUACAUCUCCAACAUGGAGAUCCGAGAAAUCAUCUCCAACGGUCAGCAUAAGAUUCAGCAAGUAAAAGAUCCCAUUGCUGGAAAUAUCCUGAUUUACGAUGACACGGAGUGGGUGUCGUGGGCGGAUGUGGAGUUUUACAAUCAACGAGCUGACUGGGCUCGUGAUUUGGGAUUUGGAGGUCUCUCAGACUGGGCGAUUGAUCUCAACAUGACAAGCUCUGGAGACAAUGGAGGCGACGAUGGAGGCAGUGGAGGUGACGAUGGAGGCAAUGGACCCAUCGACAACAUUGUUUACAUCGAUCCAAGCGUCUACCAACAGCAAAGUCCGCUGGUUCAAUGCGAGCCGCCUUGUGUGCUCGUGAUGCCACCAUGGACGUUGCCAUAUACCACGACUAUCUCUCGCCCUCCAGUCACCACAACGUGGACUGAUGAAUGGGCAUACGUUUCGACACAGUCAGGCGGCGUAACGACGACAGUACCUGUACGCCACGAGACAGUCACCACCAUCAACAUACCGCCGCUGGCCACGACCGAAAUCCAUCUUUCCAACUACGACUGGACCAACACUAAUGACAACAACUUCGAAUUGACCAGCAGUGUUGCGUUCCCCGGCGUGACACUAACGCAAGGCUCCACUGUACUGACGACGGACGGCACAACGACCACUCUUACUGGACUUACAUAUGUAUUCUCGCCAGGCCCUUAUCCUCCUUCUUCCACUGUUCCUACCAGUGGUCCAGCACCGCCACCACCCACUUCAUGUUCAACUUGUCCUGGGACGAUUACUGCGUCCACCGGUCCUCCAUCACCUACCUGCACAUCUGGUUGUGGAGAGUUAGACGACGAACAUGACGAUGACAAUGACGACAACGACGACGAUGACGACGACGACGAUGACGACGACGACGAUGAUGAUGGCGGCGGCGGCGGUGGUGGUGGCGGCGGCGGCGGCAGCUGUCUUGGACCCCUCUGUCUGUCAUGUCCCCCGUUUCUACCAUGCUGCCUCGGUUUCUGCGGUGGAGGUGGUGGAGGCGGAGGCGGAGGCGGAGGCGGAGGCGGAGGCGGAGGCGGAGGAGGAGGUGGAGGCGGAGGAGAAGGAGAAGAUCAGACCAGCUGCGCAACGAAAUCGACAGUAACGGACUGCUCCGUUGCGUGCUCGGUGCAACCAAAUGGAAACACGCUAUCAACCUCGUGCUACACAACAACGUGUAGCGAGACAACUGUCUGCAAAUCAACGGGUUCAACAACGACUUCACGCACCACCGUGGCCUGUCCCUCGGUACCACAGUACACUCCGUGGUUCGGCGGCCAAAAUCCUGCAGAGCUACAAGCCUUCCUCGGAGACGGAAACUAUGGAGGAGAAGUCGUGGAGACCGGCACCUAUACCGAUCCGGAAAGUUCUCAGCCGCCGAUGACAACGCCUUUCAUCGACUGUACACAUCGUCAACAACAGCCAGGUUCCGGCAUCACACGAGCACACUGUAUAUGCGAUGGCUCGACCUUUGCCGAGUCGCUCAACACGGCGGUCACUCCAGCGGAAAGCUGUGCCUACACCUCAAAGCCAACCAGCACCAUUGCAAUCACGACCCGCCAGACGGUUUCCACCGACGUUCCCAACUGUAAGAUCUGCACCAUUAUUGGCAAUAAUCAACAGUGUGGCGAUCUACCCAAUUGUACACCUACAUCCACCACCCAACCUUCACAGCCAGAGCCUACUACAAUUAGAGUUGGGAGCAGUUGCCCCCGUGGGUUAGAUAACGUUUUGACUUGUAGCGGGGACCGAACUCAGGUGAUUGCUUGCAGCUGCGACGAGCCGAACUCUCUCUUCGAGUGCUCUUAUGUACUGGAAAGGCAAUGCGAGUCUGCGUCUUGCCACGGUAACGGCGAGGGAGGUGAUCGAUGUUUUGGUCUCGGCGCAGGUCCGAGGUAUUGUUGCUGA